UUUAUUGUUUUGUUUCCAAAGCCGCGACCCCGAAAUUUUCAGACCGGGAUUUUGAAUCAAAACCUUAUUGAUACGAUUAAAAUCGGACUAAAAUGUCGUGCAAUUAUGCCGACGGCCUCUCUCCAUACGAGGAUAAAGGAAUAUUGGGGAUUCCCGAGAAAUUUGAGGAUGCAGAAAAAGUCGACGAGAAGUGUGAAAUACUGGCUAAAUGGAUAAAUGAGUCUGAGCAUGUAGUUGUCCAUACAGGUGCUGGUAUAAGCACUGCAGCAGGAAUUCCUGAUUUUAGAGGUCCAAAAGGUGUGUGGACUUUGGAACGAGAGGGCAAAAAACCUGCAAUAAAUAUAUCAUUUGACAAAGCAGUUCCCACAAAAACUCACAUGGCUCUUAAGCAUUUAUUAGAUUUAAAUAAAAUUCAGUAUAUUGUCAGCCAGAAUAUAGAUGGAUUACAUUUAAAAUCUGGUGUACCAAGAAGCAGUAUAUCAGAACUGCAUGGAAACAUGUUCAUAGAACAAUGUAAUGUUUGUGAGAGUCAAUUUGUAAGACACACAGCAACAACUUCUGUGGGUAAAAAACUACUUGGAGGAGAGUGCAGGAGGGCGUUAGUGCAAGGAAGGGUGUGUAGAGGCAAACUAUAUGACACAAUUUUAGACUGGGAAGAUAAUUUGCCUGCAUAUGACUUAGAUAUGGCUGAUUAUCAAUCAAGCCUGGCUAAUUUAAACAUAUGUCUUGGAACUACAUUGCAAAUCAAACCUAGUGGAUUAUUACCACUAAAAAAUAAAAAAUAUGGAGGGAAAGUUGCAAUUAUUAAUCUACAGCCUACAAAACACGAUAAAAAAGCAGACUUGGUGAUAAAUUCGUAUGUCGACGAAGUCAUGGAAAAAGUUAUGGAAAAAUUGUCCUUGAAAAUACCUGUUUACAAAACAGAAAAUGAUCCAAUUUUAAACCCUCCUUCGCGGGAAGUGCAACACUGGAAUAUUCUAAAACGCGAUGUUAAAACGUACAGUAAGAAAUAUUCACAAUUUUCAAAGGAUUUUAAAAAGCGCCGGCGCGAUGUACAGAAAGAACCCACCAUCAAAAAGGCAAAGAGCAAAAACGGCACUGUUGUAAAGAAAGGAGAAAUAAAACAAGAUGAGAGCCCCGAGGGAGCAAUUAAAAUCGAUAAUAGUGAAACUCUAAAAAAGGAGGAACCAGAUAUAAAAAAAGAAAAAGUUGAUGACACAAAGGAGAACAGUGAUAAUCAAAAAAAUUAACUAUCUCAUUAUAAUUGGAUAUUUGAAUGUACCAUUUCUGUUUGAAUGUAUUUAUAAUUUAUAUAUGAUCUAUUUGACCGUACUUUUUUUAAUAAAAAUUACUUGUCGUAAAUA